AUGGCGGUCCUGAACCUACCUCGAGAUAUCCAAAUGGACAUACUCUCAAGACUUCCGGUUGAAUCGCUUUUGCGAUUCAAGUGCGUUUCAAAACAAUAUCGCUUUUUAAUUUCUGAUCCCUACUUCAUCAAAUUGCAUCUCAAUCGAUCAAUUCACUCCAAGAAUUGGCACAAGCUCUCUUUCUAUCGUUUCGGUCCUCAAUCAAUAAUAGACUAUGAAUCAUUAUUUGGCAACAACAACGUUAAUGAUGGUAGUAAUGCUAGUAAUGCAGUAGUGAAGUUGUACCCUCCCUUUUUGAGUCCAAGUUCUGAUAAGUGCAUCACUGUAAUAGGUUCUUGCAACGGCUUGAUUUGUUAUCUGAUUCAUUAUGGGCUCCUACAAAUUAUCGUAGAAAUUAUCUUAUAUAACCCUUCCACUAGAGUCUACAAGAAAUUGCCAGAACCACCACAUUGGAUUGUAGGUAAUUUUGGGUUUGCUUAUGACUCCUCAAACGAUGAUUACAAGGUACUUAUAGCAAAACGUCACUUUAGUGAUGUCAUAUUCAAAUUUUGUAUCUUUAGUCUUAGAGACAAUUCUUGGAGAACAAUGCCGGGCGUGGAUUGUAAUUAUGUUGACAUAUUCUCAUCGUCUAGUUGUUGCUUGAAUGGAGCUUUACAUUGGCUUUUGAAACCCAGGGUGAUUGUUUGUUUUGAUUUAUUAAAGGAGGUGUUUAGUGAGAUGUCCCUAGAUGGUAUUCAAGGUGGAAAUGAAAUAGAUUUGUCGUUUUGCAAAAUGGGUGUUUUAGAAGAAUGUUUGUAUGCAGUGUCUGCCUCGAAUGGUGUUAAUGGACGUUUGGUUGAGAUAUGGUUGAUGAAGGAAUAUGGCGUGAAGGCAUCUUGGAGUAAGUUUAUCACCAUCCCAUGUGACGUGGGCACUCUUUGCUUCACCCCCUUGUGUUUAUUGAGGAAUGGUGAACUGGUACUGAAGAUUCACUCGGGAUUGUUAGUUGAUCAAGCACAAUUAGGAUCGUACAAUACUAAAUUAAAUACAUUUACGAAAAUUUGUGAUUGUCCCAAUGUUCAUGAAGAGUAUUUGUACGUGGAGAGUCUGGUUUCACCCAACAGCUUUGACGGUCCCCGCUCACGUUCACUUUCACUUUCGUGUGGGAUGAAAGCAUUGAUGAAUUGCUGGUCUUCCUUCUUCCCUUCAAGAUUUUCUGAAGCGUUUUUGUACAUGGAGAGUCUGGUUUCACUCAACAGCUUUGAUGGGGUCUGUUCAUGCCAUCACGUGGGAUGA